AUGAACACCGCAAACAUACCCCGCUUAAUGAUUCCGGGGUCGAAAAAGGUUGUGCAAAAGAAGUUCGAUAUUACAAAAAAGGUGAUUAUGGCUUGUACUACAGUGAUUGACAUCAUGGCACACAAAUACAAGAUCCUCAAGCCCGAAAAUGAGAAGGUCGACGAGUUCGAGGCCUCCAUCGCCCAGGCCCUUCUUGACCUUGAGAUGAACAGCGAUCUGAAGGCGCAACUGCGCGAGCUCUACAUCGCCGGCGCCAAGGAGAUCGACGUGGCCGGCAAGAAGGCCAUCAUCAUCAACGUGCCCGUGCCGCAGUUGAAGGCCUUCCAAAAGAUCCAGAACCGCGUCGUGCGCGAGCUGGAGAAGAAGUUCAGCGGCAAGCACGUCGUCAUCAUUGCCAAGCGAACCAUCUUGCAGAAGCCGACGCGAAAGCUGCGCACCAAGUCCAAGCAGAAGCGACCCCGCAGCCGCACUCUGACCGCUGUGUACGACAACAUCCUCGAGGACCUCGUCUACCCAGCGGAGAUCGUCGGCAAGCGCACUCGCAUUCGCCUGGGCGGCAGCCGUCUCAUCAAGGUGCACCUCGACAAGUCUUCGCAGACCCAGAUCGAGCAUAAGAUUGACACCUUCUCUGCCGUCUACAAGAAGAUCACCGGACGGGAAGUAACAUUUGAGUUCCCCGAGCCUCUAUUUUAA